AUGUCUCGCCAAGUUGAAGUUCGUUCGGUGGAGGCCAACUCUACAUCGCAAGGAAACCCACAGGCCAUUGAACUAGAACAUCUUUCACCAGAAUCAACAACAUUUUCAGAUCAGACCACCGGCCCUCCAAUUGACGGCGGCUUUGAGGCAUGGCGCCUCCUUCUCUCCGCCUUCGUGUUCGAAUCGCUUCUCUGGGGAUUCCCUCUGUCUUUCGGCGUCUUCCAGGAGUAUUACACCUCAAUCCCCGAAUUCCGCAAUAGCCCAUACAUCUCCGUCGUCGGUACUACUGCAUCCGGUAUCUCGUACCUCGGCGCUCCACUUGUCAUACCUUUCAUCCGCCGAUGGUCGAAUUACAGGACGCACAUGAUCCUUGUGGGAUGGCCGCUUUGCAUUCUUGGUCUCGUCGCAGGGUCUUUUGCGAACUCGCUCAGGACACUAAUCUUAACACAGGGAGUGCUCUACGGCGUUGGCUUCAUCAUCUUCUACUAUCCGAUCUUGUCAAUGGUAGAUGAGUACUGGAUCCGCCGGCGCGGCAUGGCAUACGGGAUGCUGUGCAGUGCCUCUGGCGUCAGUGGUGCAGUGACACCUUUGACACUUCAAGCACUGCUUCACAAAUAUGGGCACAGAACGACACUGAGAGGCGUAGCAGUCUUUCUGUUCGCAUUGACGGGACCACUUAUUCCGCUGCUCAAAGGUCGGCCCGGUCAACAGCAGGGCCUCGCAUUGAGGGCGGACUGGACCUUUCUGCGAACCCGGCUUUUCUGGAUCUACAGCAUCAGCAAUCUGCUCAUGGGCCUUGGCUACUUCUUCCCUGCGCUCUACCUGCCCUCGUACGCGAGUGCAGUUGGCCUCAGCACAUCAAAAGGCGCGCUUUUGCUCGCGCUUAUGAGCGUCGCCCAGGUUGCUGGCCAGUUCACAUUCGGGUACCUCUCUGACAAACGGACCUCAGUCAAUGCACUCAUCACGCUGUCGGCAUCCGUCGCAGCGAUUGCAACACUGGGUGCUUGGGGGCUUGCGCGCUCCGUUGCACCUCUGGUCCUGUUUGCACUGCUCUAUGGGUUUUUUGGCGCUGGAUAUACAGCCAUGUGGGCGAGGAUGGUCACUGCUGUUAGCGAAGAACCUUCUGCCGCACAAGCCAUAUUUGGAAUGUUCAACUUUGGCAAAGGGGUGGGUAACAUUGCUGCUGGUCCGAUCAGUGCUGGGUUGCUAAGGUGGUCAAGUGGCGACGGAGGAUAUGGGCUCGGGACGUACAAGGCGGUUGUGUUGUUUACUGGGGUGUGCUUGCUGCUGAGCGCCGGGAGCUUGAUCACUGUUCAUAUCAGGCCAAAGAAGUAG